AUGAACGCCAGCGGCCCGGGCUACCCGCUCGCCUCGCUCUACGUGGGCGACCUGCACCCCGACGUGACCGAGGCCAUGCUGUACGAGAAGUUCUCGCCCGCCGGCCCCAUCCUGUCCAUCCGCGUGUGCCGCGACAUGGCCACCCGCCGCUCGCUGGGCUACGCCUACAUCAACUUCCAGCAGCCGGCCGACGCGGAGCGGGCACUGGACACGAUGAACUUUGAAGUGAUCAAAGGCCAGCCCAUCCGCAUCAUGUGGUCCCAGCGAGACCCAGGACUGCGCAAGUCGGGCGUGGGCAACAUCUUCAUCAAGAACCUGGAGGACUCCAUUGACAAUAAGGCCUUGUAUGACACCUUCUCCACCUUUGGGAACAUUCUCUCUUGCAAGGUGGUGUGUGACGAUCACGGCUCCCGAGGCUUCGGCUUCGUCCACUUUGAGACCCACGAAGCCGCGCAGCAGGCCAUCACCACCAUGAACGGGAUGCUGCUGAAUGAUCGAAAAGUCUUCGUGGGCCACUUCAAGUCUCGACGGGAGCGGGAAGCGGAGCUGGGGGCUCGGGCCAUGGAAUUCACCAACAUUUAUGUGAAGAACCUCCAUGUGGAUGUGGAUGAGCAGGGCCUGCAGGACCUCUUCUCCCGGUUUGGAAAGAUGCUGAGUGUGAAGGUGAUGAGGGAUGACAGCGGCCACUCCCGGGGCUUCGGCUUUGUCAACUUUCAGAAGCAUGAGGAAGCCCAGAAGGCUGUGAUGGACAUGAAUGGGAAGGAGGUGAGCGGGCGGCUGCUGUACGUGGGCCGGGCCCAGAAGCGGGUAGAACGGCAGAGUGAGCUGAAGCGCAGGUUUGAGCAGCUGAAGCAGGAUCGGCUGACCCGUUACCAGGGUGUGAAUCUGUAUGUUAAGAACCUGGAUGACUCCAUUGAUGACGAAAAGCUGAGAAAAGAGUUUUCUCCCUACGGAGUGAUCACCAGUGCUAAGGUGAUGACAGAGGGUGGCCACAGCAAGGGGUUUGGCUUUGUGUGUUUUUCCUCUCCAGAAGAGGCGACAAAGGCCGUGACAGAGAUGAAUGGGCGCAUUUUGGGCACCAAGCCUCUGUACGUGGCACUGGCCCAGCGCAAAGAGGAGCGGAAGGCCAUCUUGACCAACCAGUACAUGCAGCGCCUCUCUACUGUGCGGGCCCUGGGCGGCCCCCUCUUGGGCUCCUUCCACCAGCCCACCAGCUACUUCUUGCCCUCUGUGCCCCAGCCUCCGGCCCAGGCUGCGUACUAUGCCUCCGGCCUCCCCAUGCAGCCCACCCCCAGGUGGACGGCCCCGCCUCCGAGACCCUCCUCCACCUACCCUCCAGCUGCCUCAGUGGUCCGGCCACCAGCCAUGUCGCGGCGCCCCCCGGCCCAGGUCAGCAGUGUCAGGCAGGCCUCUACCCAGGUGCCACCCCCGGUGCCCCACACCCAAAGAGUGGCCAACAUUGGUACCCAGACCACAGGAGCCAGCGGGGUGGGAUAUUCUACACCAGGUGGGCCUCUCCUGACACACAGAUAUCCCUCAGCGACACACAACCAUGGGGUCCAGGAGCCUGCCGUGUGCAUCCUGGGACAGGAGCCCCUGACCGCAUCCAUGCUGGCUGCUGCACCGCUGCACGAGCAAAAGCAGAUGAUUGGUGAGCGUCUGUACCCCCUGAUCUACAACACCCACACCCAGCUGGCCGGCAAGAUCACAGGCAUGCUGCUAGAGAUCGACAAUUCGGAGCUUCUGCUCAUGCUGGAGUCCCCAGAGUCCCUCAAUGCCAAGGUGGAGGAGGCUUUGGCAGUGCUGCAGGCACACCAGGCCACAGAGCUGGCGAAAGUGAAUGUGCUCUGAAACCAGAAAACGGAAUCCACCCUUCCUUGGCUGACAAGAGAAUGGCGUUUCCUGCCAAGCUUGGCUCUCCGUCCCUGUGAACCAUAACUUAUUUUCCAAUUGGGCUCUAUCUGGACUUGAGCUCUGUAUGUGGAAGGAAGGCUGGUCACCCCGCCAGCCUAUUACCUUUUCCUUUGUGCAUUAAAAGUGCUGCAAACUCUG